GUUGAAGCUAACCUCCUUGCCCUUACUUCUCUCUCUCUAUCUAUCUACCUUAUUCCCAAGCAGGACGUGUGUGUGCGGUGAAUGUGCGGCUCCACUGGGCUUGAACGUUGCGAUGAUACGAGACACCUCUGCGGUAGGCUACACACCUAUCAGAGAGCAAAAUAGCCAAGAAACACCCCCAAGACGUUCCUCCGCACACAUUUAACCAUUCGGAGCGCAACCGGAAGUGCCAGCAGUAUCAUGUCCAGGCCAAUAGGGGGCGGUGUGAACGAUGUCACGCGCUUCCUCACGUUGGGGGUGGCUCCAGGUUCCCCCACCACCAACGCACCCAUGUUCUCUGCCGCCAGCCAGGCCGACUGGGCCGCUAAGCGUCUGAUAUGGGUGCCAUCAGAGAAGCAUGGUUUCGAGUCGGCCAGCAUCAAGGAAGAGCGCGGUGACGAGGUGGAGGUCGAGCUGAGCGACAGCCAGAAGCUGCUGACGCUGUCCAGGGAGGAGGUGCAACGGAUGAACCCACCGCGCUUCAGCAAAGUGGAGGACAUGGCCGACCUUACUUGCCUCAAUGAAGCGUCGGUGCUGCACAACCUGAGGGAGAGAUAUUACUCAGGCUUGAUCUAUACAUAUUCAGGCCUCUUCUGCGUAGUGGUGAACCCCUACAAGAACCUGCCCAUCUACACCGAGUCCAUCGUGGAGAUGUAUCGAGGCAAAAAGCGCCACGAGAUGCCGCCGCACAUUUACGCCAUAUCUGAGGCGGCCUAUCGGAGCAUGCUGCAAGACCGGGAAGAUCAGUCAAUCCUAUGCACCGGCGAAUCUGGUGCAGGCAAAACGGAAAACACAAAGAAAGUAAUUCAGUAUCUGGCUCAUGUCGCUUCUUCUCACAAGGGUGCUACUCCGAAUAGGAACAAAGAAGCUUUACAGAUGGACGGCUCUCGCUCCUUAACCAGGGGCACCACUUUGGUGAACAAGGGUGAGCUGGAGAGACAGCUACUGCAAGCCAACCCCAUACUGGAGGCCUUCGGCAAUGCGAAAACUACCAAGAAUGACAAUUCCUCAAGAUUUGGUAAAUUCAUCCGCAUUAAUUUUGAUGUGGCGGGGUACAUCGUUGGUGCCAACAUUGAGACCUACCUCCUGGAAAAGUCCCGGGCCACCCGUCAGGCCAAAGAUGAGAGGACAUUCCACAUCUUUUACCAGAUGUUACAUGGAGCUUCUGAGGCAACUAAAUUGGAUCUGCUCUUAGGAACUGCCGACGAGUACCGCUUUCUCAGUGGGGGUACCAUAACUGUUCCUGGUCAGAGUGAUGCAGAGAACUUCACCCAGACUAUGGACUCCAUGGCCAUAAUGGGCUUCAAUCCAGACGAGCUGAUGUCCAUGCUGAGGGUGAUCUCCGCUGUGCUCCAGUUUGGGAACAUUUCCUUCACAAAGGAGAAGAACCACGAUCAGGCGUCCAUGCCCGACAACACGGCGGCUCAGAAACUGUGCCACCUGCUGGGCAUCAACGUGCUGGAGUUUACCCGAGCCAUCCUCACGCCAAGGAUCAAAGUGGGUCGGGAGUACGUGCAGAAGGCCCAAACAAAGGAACAGGCUGACUUUGCCGUAGAGGCCCUGGCCAAGGCCACAUACGAGCGCCUGUUCAGGUGGCUAGUGCACAGGAUCAACAGAGCUUUGGACCGCAGACAGAGGCAGGGAGCCUCCUUCAUCGGCAUUCUAGACAUUGCGGGAUUCGAGAUCUUCCAGCUGAACUCUUUUGAGCAGCUGUGCAUCAACUACACCAAUGAGAAGCUGCAGCAGCUCUUCAACCACACCAUGUUCAUCCUGGAGCAGGAGGAGUACCAGCGGGAGGGCAUCGAGUGGAACUUCAUCGACUUUGGCCUCGACUUGCAGCCGUGCAUUGAUCUCAUUGAAAGGCCGGUUCACCCACCUGGUGUUCUGGCCCUGCUGGACGAAGAGUGCUGGUUCCCUCGAGCUACAGACCAAUCAUUCGUUGAAAAACUGACCAGUCAGCAAGGCAGCCAUCCCAAAUUCUUCAAAUCCAAGCAACCGCGCGGCGAGGCCGACUUUUCCAUCAUCCACUAUGCUGGCAAGGUUGACUACAAGGCCAAUGACUGGUUGGUAAAGAACAUGGAUCCCCUGAACGACAACGUGGCAUCCCUCCUUCACCAGUCAUCUGACCAUUUUGUCUCCGAACUGUGGAAGGAGGAUAUUCAAACUCUACCUCGUGUCUACUUCUUUGACUCCUAUACCACACUGCAGGCAAAUGGCUCCGACAUGGACCGCAUUAUAGGUCUGGACCAGGUCUCGUCAUCAGGUGAGAAAAGCGGGACGGUAGCGUUCGGCGCAUCGGGACUGAAGACCAAGAAGGGAAUGUUCAGGACCGUGGGCCAGCUCUACAAAGAGUCCCUUGCUAAGCUGAUGGCCACGUUGAGGAACACCAAUCCCAACUUCCUGCGCUGCAUCAUUCCCAACCACGAGAAGAGGGCUGGCAAACUUGAACCGCAAUUAGUUUUGGACCAGCUGAGGUGCAACGGGGUCCUGGAGGGCAUCCGUAUCUGCCGACAAGGCUUCCCUAACCGCAUCCCGUUCCAGGAGUUCAGACAGAGGUAUGAGAUUCUGACUCCUAAUGCUAUUCCUCGCACCUUCAUGGACGGAAAACAGGCGUCAGAACUCAUGAUCAAAGCUUUGGACCUGGAUCCCAAUCUGUUCCGGGUGGGUCAAAGCAAAGUGUUCUUCAGAGCUGGCGUGCUGGCUCACCUGGAGGAGGAGCGAGACUUAAAGAUCACAGACACCAUCAUACGCUUCCAGAGUGCGGCUAGGGGUUACCUUGCACGCAAAGCCUUCAUGAAGAAACAGCAGCAGCUGAGUGCUCUUAGGGUGAUGCAGCGGAACUGUCAUGCUUACCUCAUACUCAAGAACUGGCAGUGGUGGCGGCUUUUCACGAAGGUGAAGCCGCUGCUACAGGUGACUCGGCAGGAUGAGGAGAUCCAAAUCAGAGAAUCUGAGCUGGUGAAGGUCAAAGAAAGACUUACCCGAGCGGAACAGGACUUCACCGACCUGGACAAGAAACACAUUCAGCUGAUGGAGGAGAAGGCAGUGCUGGCCGACCAGCUGCAAGCCGAAGCGGAGCUGUUUGCAGAAGCCGAAGAGAUGCGGUCCAGACUGGCCAGUCGCAAGCAGGAGCUGGAAGAUGUGCUCACUGAGCUGGAGAGCCGCAUGGAGGAGGAGGAAGAGAGGGGCGUGCAGAUGAGCAACGAGAAGAAGAAAAUGCAGCAGAAUAUUCAGGACCUGGAGGAGCAGCUAGAAGAGGAGGAAAGUGCCAGACAGCGCCUUCUGCUGGAGAAGGUCUCCUUGGAGACCAAAGUCAAAAGUCUAGAGAGUGACCUUCUAGGUGCAGGGGAGCAGAGAGAUCGCCUUGGCAAGGAGAAGAAGCAACUGGAGGAGCGUCUGAGCGAGGUGACCGACCACCUCACCGAAGAGGAGGAGAAGAGCAAAAGUCUGAACAAACUCAAGAACAAACAGGAGGCCAUCAUCGCCGACCUAGAAGAUCGUCUAAAGCGUGAGGAGCAAGGACGUUUGGAGCAGGAGAAGUGGAAGAGGAAGAUAGAGACUGAGGCAAUCGAGACGCAAGAGCAGCUGUCUGACCUUGGUCUCAUAUCUGGCGAGCUUAAGGGGAGUCUGACCCAGAAGGAAAAAGAAAUAACAACCCUGCAGAGUCGGUUGGAGGAGGAGGGUGCACGGCGUGCAGAAGCUCAGAGGUCGCUGAGGGAGGCCAUGUCGCAGGUGUCCGAGCUAAAGGAGGAAGUGGAGAACGAGCGAGGCAUGAGAGAGAGGGCGGAGAAACAGAGGCGAGACCUCGGGGAGGAGCUAGAGGCUUUGAGGACGGAGCUGGAGGAUACCCUCGACACCACCGCCGCCCAGCAGGAGCUCAGGUCUCGUCGGGAGGCUGAGUUAAACGACCUCCAGCGUUGCGUUGAAGAUGAUACGCGUCGACACGAAGUCCAGCUGUCAGAGCUCAGAGUCAAGCACAGCGCCGCCAUAGACAGCCUUCAGGAGCAGCUGGACAACAGCAAGAGGGCACGUCAGUCUUUGGAGAAGACCAGACUGGUCCUUGAGGAAGAGAAGCAGAGCUUGAGCAUAGAGCUGAAGAGCCUCCAGGCGAGCCGUACGGAGAGCGACCGAGGACGUAAGCGGGCUGAAAGUCAGCUGCAGGAGCUCACUGUCCGGCUCACUCAGACCGAACAAGAGAAGGAGGAUAGAGAGGAGCGAGUGCAGAAACUGCAGAAUGAAAUUGAGUCUCUCUCCAGCAAUUUGUCCUCCUUUGACAGCAAAUCCCUACGCCUGUCAAAAGAAGUUAGUAGCCUAGAGAGCCAGCUGCGUGACUUGCAGGAACACCUACAAGAGGAGACUCGCCAGAAAUUGGCUUUGGCCGCCAGGGUACGAGCGCUGGAGGAUGAGAGGAAUGGACUGAUGGAGAGGCUGGAGGAGGAAGAAGAGAAAUCCAGGGAGUUGACCCGGCAGAUCCAGACUCACACUCAGCAGCUGGCAGAGAUGCGCAAGCAGUCAGAGGAGGUGAACACGGCGGUGGAGAGCGGCGAGGAGUCCCGCAGGAAGCUCCAGAGAGAGCUGGACGCUGCUGUCCAGAGGGAGAAACAGCGGGAGGAGGAGAAAGAGCGUGUGGAGAGGCAGCGGGAGCGCCUCAGAGAGGAGAUUGAGGAUAUGACUCUGGCCCUGCAGCGGGAGAGGCAAAACUGCACGGCUCUUGAAAAGAGACAGAAGAAGUUUGACCAGUGUUUGGCUGAGGAGAAGGCGGUGAGCACUCGUCUGGCUGAGGAGAAGGACCGAGCAGAAGCGGACAGUCGAGAGAAGGAGACGCGCUAUCUUGCCUUGUCCAGAGCUCUACAAGAGGCCCAGGAUCAGAGGGACGAUCUGGACAGGUCCAACAAGCAGCUUCGCCUUGAAAUGGAACAGCUAGUCAACCAGCAAGAUGAUGUGGGGAAGAACGUCCACGAGCUGGAGAGGAACCGUAGGGCUCUUGAGGCGGAAGCCGAAAGACUCCGUACUCAGACGCUGGAGCUCGAGGAAGAACUGACGGAGGCGGAAAACUCCAGGCUGAGGCUCGAAGUCACCCUGCAGGCGCUCAAGGCUCAGUUCGAGAGGGAGAUCAGCAGCAGCGAGGAGAAGGGCGAGGAGAAGAGAAGGGCCCUCAGCAAGCAGGUGCGGGAGCUGGAGAUCCAGCUGGAAGAGGAGCGCAGCCAGCGCUCCCAGGCCGUCCUGACCAAGAAGCAGCUGGAAGCCGAACUGCAGGAUUCCGAGGCUCAGGUGGAAACAUCCAGCCGCAGCAAGGAGGACGCCGUCAAGCAUCUGCGGAAGCUACAGAGUCAACUCAAGGAGGCGCUUCGAGAGCUGGAUGAGGCCAAGAUUACUCGAGACGAGGUGAUUACACAGUCCAAAGACAACGAUAAGAAAAUCCAAACCCUGGAGGCCGAAGUCCUGCAGCUCACUGAGGAGCUGGCCGUAUCCGACCGGCAGAGAAGACAGGCUCAGCAGGAGAGAGAUGAAAUGGCCGACGACAUAGUCAACAACAGCUCGGGAAAGACAGCGCUCUUUGAAGAGAAGCGCCGGUUAGAGAUGCGAGUGAGCCAGCUGGAGGAGGAGCUAGAGGAGGAGCAGACCAAUGCUGAGCUUAUUUCAGAGAGACAGAGAAAGAUGGCUCUGCAGGUGGAGACGCUGACGGUGCAGCUGCAGGGCGAGAGGACCCUGGCCCAGAAGGCGGAGGCAGCGCGGGAGCAGCUGGAGCGACACAACAAGGAUAUGAAGACGCGGCUGGAGGAGCUGGAGGGAACUGUCAGGGGUAAACAUCGGCUCAGUGUCGCCGCCCUGGAGGCCAAGAUAGAAUCAAUGGAGGAGCAGCUGGAACAAGAGAGACAGGAGCGUGCCAUUGCCAACAAACUGGUGAGGAAGACAGAGAAGAAACUGAAGGAGGUUAUGAUGCAGGCGGAAGACGAGAGGAGGCAUGCCGACCAGUACAGAGACCAGCUGGAUAAGUCCAUGGUGCGCCUGAGGCAGCUGAAGCGUCAGCUGGAGGAAGUGGAGGAGGAGAACUCGCGCUCCAACGCACAGAAGAGGAAGCUGCAGCGAGAACUGGAGGAGCUGACGGAAAACAGCCAGAGCAGGAUGCGCGAGAUCACCAGCCUGCGCAACCAGCUCAGCGUCCCUGAAUGGAGACCAGAGCAGCGUGCCCCGUUGCCGUUGGCGAUGCGCGGACGCCGGGCUCUGGUAGACGACUACUCGUUGGAAAACUCCGAUUCGGAGGAGCCGCCCGCCUCGCCCACGCCCUCCCCGGGACUGCCCCGAACGCCCACCCCGUCCUCAGACCACAGCCUGGACCCUAAUCCGCCCCCCUACAGCGUUAACAACCUACACCAAUGAUGUACCACACACACACACAAACACACACGCACACACAACACUAGUUUAUUAUAUAAUCAAUGAAUUGCUCUAGGAUGUUGCUUUUUUUCCCCUCAACAAGUGCAAAAAAAAUGGGAUUUUACUGGAUUUUUUUUACCUUAAAAGGCAACAUCGUAACAUUCUAAAUGACAUCAUGAUGCAGUUUCACAUUUACUAAUACAUUUAAAUUAGCUACACAGCUUAAAGGCGCAGAAAACACUUUGGGUCACAUUGGGUCCUCAAGCCAUUUUUAAGCCUUACGUCAAGCGUGGGCAACCUUUUCCUAUCAGCAGCCAGAUUCAAAUUAUGAUUAAAAAAAUAAUCCUACACUGUGUUUCCUCAAAUAGUGGCUGUUGUUCACACACAGCUAUGAAUGAGUUAUAACUGGUGAGCUCUUUUGGGUGCAAAACAGCAGCACCUACAGCGACAUCAAAGCAGGGAUUCUUACCACGUCUUAAACUCGGCACGAUGUUAAUAAUGUUACUACUGAGCCCAUUUGUCUGCCAUUGCUAACCAAAACAGCACCACUUACAGACAGGAAUCGAUGCCUCCCCCAUCUUCAGUUUAGUAAAUCAACACCCAGGGUCACUAUUUACAGAAAUAGGCAUGCAGUCCCUCCACAAUGUUGUGAAUGUCCCUCUAAUAGAUGCCUCCCCCCAUCUCCUGACCAAUAUUUCCUAUGUAUUUAAUCGUUUCGGGACUUCCUUUAUGAGGAUUUAUUUGCUCCGGUGGGCCAUAUCGGAUGCUCCGGUGGCCUCGCGUAUGGCCCAAGAGCCACGGUGGCUCACCUCUGAUGUUAAUUUGACAAAAAUAAAGGGCUGCUGCAGAAUGACAAAUUAAACAAUCUAUAUGCAUAUGCCAGAUAUUUGAUGAAAAGUGUGAAUUUGACCUCAUCCUCUUUUUGGGGUAAAUAUGAUUGAAUCCAUGAUUUCAUAUCAUGUGACUUUUUACAAGCGCCAUUUUAAUGACGACUGCACUCUUCGCUGACAUGUAAAAGGAAAUUAGCCAGCUCUCUUCUCCCGAACCGCCUACAAGUAGCUCCCAAACAUGUUGUCUAAUAAUUCCGUAGAUAGUGUAAUUUAUUCAACAACCAAAAAAAUGAAAAUUCUUAAAUCAUUUGAAUUUAUAUAAUUUACAGCAAGAUGAGUAUGUUCAUGUUUGUUUUUACUGUAUAAACAUUACUGUUUCAUUCACUGGGGAGACUUCUUUCAACCGUAACAGUUUAUUUUUAUCCAAAGCAAAACACCUUUUUUUUUUUCAGACCGAUGAACAUGUUUUAUUUUGAUGGGCGUAUUGCACAACUUAGUCUUAAUAUUGUUUUUUUAUAUUUAAUUUUGUUUAUAUUUUAAAUUGUAAAUGAAAGGAUGGACGGGUUUACCAUCAUCCUGCAUUGCUUUUGGAUGACUUCCCUUCCCUAGAUAUACAAAUAUUGUAGGUUUAGAUUAAGGCAAUAAGUAAUAAAAUUAGGAAAUAGUCUUUUUUUUUUAAUUACCCUGGCCAAUCAAACUCAUUUUUCCUUUUCACAUUCCUUUCCAAGACAUUGAAGUCAAAAUUAGUCUAAUACUGUCUCAGUGGAGACAUUUUGGGCUGCAUGGUUCAAGUGGCACAAUUGGAAUGUGAGUCAUAAAAGGAAAAGGAAAUCGGAUAUCUUAAGAUCGGAAUAAUAAAUAUUGGAUAUGUGCCGAGUUCAAGUCAUCAAAAUACACCGAUCGGUGACGUGUUCACACCCACGUCUGCACAAACAGCAAAAGUAAAAAACACUCUUAAGUCGAGGUACCACUGCAUACCACAAAUUAUGAUCAUUUCAAACUCUGCAUACCACAAUAGGCUUGAAAAUAAAUGCCUUCCAGGAUAUUUGAUUUUAAAAAAUCAGCACGUGCAUGCGUCUGUGGUCAUGCGAUGGAGACUCUCGGUAACUUCCACCAAAAACUCCUCCCCAACAUACAAAGAUGUUAAUCUCUCAGUCCAGAUAUACUUCCUUGACACUCAUUACUACUGAUUAGCCACGGCUUUGGGACCAUCUUGUGGCAUCUUAGCGCGUUAUAGAAAAAAAACAACUGCAGAAUAGCCGAGGAUAGGUUCCAGAGAAAAAAAUUAAUAGGUGAAUUUUUGAGUAAACAUGGAUUCACUGUAUCAUUGUUUACUUCCAUGUUGUUGAUGCUUGUGGAGUUACUUACAAGUUGGGGAUAUAGGCUAUAUCACACUUUGUUUACAUGGAAAUUGACAGUUCAUAAAAUGGGCUCGAGACAUAAAAUGGGAAUUGUGCACUUUUGCAGUGCAAAUCCUGCCUUUGACAAACAUUAUGACCUCUUCUGCUGAACCAAACUCCUCGUGUGGCUUCUAAACUUGAAGCUAAUGGCUAAAGCAGCCCAGUUCGCUUUGUGCAGGGAACCCAAACUUGCUCAAAAAGUAAAAAUCUCCAAAUAAUAAAAACUAGCAGAAGAGUGAAUUUCUAAAUGAGCUCAGGUGGAUUUUGUUCACUCGUAAUGUCCGCAUGCUUCAUUUUAAACUAAGCUAGGCUAGCUUUAGCUUCAGACACGAGAGGCUUCAAAAUGCAGGUGCUUUUUGACCAUGCUUCACUCAAAUGUUUCUGGAAUUAUUGUGAAUAUUUUUACUGUGGAUAAACGACAGUAUAUACACUGACCCUUCUUUAUGUUUACCAAAAUGAAUGAUACACUGGAAGAUAAGUUUAAUCAGUGUGGACGUCACUGCUCCCUACAGCUGUGCUAAGCUAACAUUAGCAAUGACAGCUUUGACACUAAUCACAGCUACCAGACAACUUGGAUCACUUUUUAAACCAAUCAAUGAGUGCGUUUUUGGCUUCAUACGGCACCGCAAUGGAUUUGAAAUUUAAAAUGGAAAAUGUUGGAAUUUCAACAAUUUUUUGUCGGAUACCUCUAUUGUCAGGGACGGUUUUGAAAUAAUUGUAAAUAUAACUGAAUAUCCUUUGUGGUCAAUGAGUUCUACUUUCACCUGCUGCCUAUUUGUGGCUCUUGCUGUCUUCACUUCUGCCUCCAGUGAGUAAAAAGCAUGCUCUAUUAGGUUGAGAUCGGAUAUAAACGGCCAUAGUUGCUUUUCGCAGUAAGUAAAAUUGCUGAAUGAUAAAUGUCACACUCAAUUACAUAUUUUAUUUCAAAUUCAUUGUGGUGUACAUUAUAAAGCAAAUUUAUGAAACGUGUUUUAUGCUAAGUGCAAAGCUAACAUUAGCAAUGAGGACUUCACCACAAAUGACCGCUACCAGAUAACUAAAAGAACUUGAACUAAAAUAACUUGUUUUUAACCAUUCGAUUACUUUUUAGGAUUUUUGUCUUCAUACGCAUAAUGGAUUCGCAACAAAACAAUCAAAAUGUAAAGUGUAGAAUGUAAGUUUUAAAAUUAAGAGGUUUCUCAAAUAUAUGGUAUUUAGCCAUUUGACAUUUUGCUUUUGUCCUGUAAAUGAAAAGCAUACUCAAUUAGGUUGUGAUCAGGGCACUGAUGUCCUUGAAUAAUAUAAAUUUAUUUGCGUUAAAGUCCGCAAUUACUUUUCUACCAGUAGCUAUAAUUGCUGUGGUGAUGUAUAAAGACAAAAUUAUAAAAAUUUGACUGUCCAAAUACUCAUGGACCAAACUGUUUAAAACGCCAAUGAAAGUGUUUUUUUUUUUUUUUUUUUUUUCAAAUGUGCUUUUGUUUCGGCAAUAUGCAAAUUACUUUUGUGUUUUUACGACAUUGUGUAAUGGCUGCACUUUGCACACAAGCGGUGGGUAUAUUUGUCCAUAUCAGCAUCUACUGUACAUGAACAUGUGCGCGUUCACAACCACAAAAAGGUGAAUUAAUGUUCAUCUGUAGCAAGCUGCUGCUUCUCAAAGGUGUUUUUCUGGUUCUUUUCUGUCUCUCAUGGUUCGCUCAAUGGCUACUGUGCAACUUCAAACAUUGUUCUGUUUUAUUGUUCAUUUUUUGUUUGUUUGUUAACAAUGCUGUAUUAUAAAAUAUCCGUUCGGGGUCCACUUUAAUAUAUGUUGUUGGUUUUCA